CAGUUAUCGUCGCUGCCAUGUCUCCAAUGAAUGGAUUUGUUAGUGCUGAUCGUGUCUCGGUCCAAUCCAGGAUUUGGGGCUCGAACCUGUAGAUGAUCGUCAAGCGGGGAGACGCAGCGAUACCGGGCACAGCCAGGGUAACUUCAGCUCAUGGUGGCAAUCCAUGCAUUUUGAUUCGAUCAGAAACGGGUACCUGCUUGCAUGCGCCGUAAAUGUUGAUGUCUCUUGAAUGUUCUUGCUCCCUUAAUUGACACCGGGCAAGCUCCAAGCACUACCCUUAUCUACGCACUUGAGGGUCUCUGCACUCCAUCCCCACGCUCCCUUGUUGUCUUCACAAGGGGAAGCUAUGUCUUCAGAUCGGGCUAUUGAGGCUGAGAAGCCAGCAAGCGAGCACGCUUCUAUCCGCGAUGCGACCACACAACCCGCCCCUCAGGGCGAGGAGCAGUUGACAAGACGCAUACUGUUCAAAACAGACACGAGGAUCCUCCCAAUCCUCUCUCUGCUCUUCCUAUGCUCCUUUCUCGACCGCACCAAUGUCGGCAACGCGAAAAUCAUCGGCCUCGAAAAGGACCUGGGAAUCUCCAACCUGCAGUACAACCAAGGCCUGGCCGUCUUCUAUGCAACCUACAUUGCCAGUGAACUCCCCUCCAACCUAGUCCUCAAGAAGCUCACGCCUAAGCUCUGGCUGCCCUGCCUGACCUGCGCAUGGGGUUUAAUUACCAUGUGUUUAGGCUUCGUGCGGAGCUUUGCCAGCUUCUUUGCCGUGCGGGCGCUGCUCGGCCUCGCCGAGGGCGGCCUCCUCCCGGGCAUGGUGCUGUACCUGUCCGGUCUGUACACGCGGCGCGAGAUUGCCGUCCGCGUCGGGCUGUUCUACACGGCUGCUUCGCUUUCGGGGGCUUUUGGUGGUCUGCUCGCCCGUGGGCUGUCAGCCAUUGGGCCGAGGGCCGGAUUGGAGGGAUGGAGAUGGAUUUUCAUUAUUGAGGGCUUGAUGACUAUUCUUGCCGGAAUUAUGGCGUACCUACUGCUUCCGACCAGUAUCUCGAGUGCGCCGUACCUGAGCGAGGAAGAGAAGGAGUUCGCCUUGCUCCGUCUCCAGGGGCGGACACAGGGCACUAUCACGGAAAGAUUCAAUCCUGUGCUCGAGCGCGAGGAAAAGUUCAAGUGGUCUGAAGUACGCCGCGGAAUUUUUAACGUCCAGGUCUGGCUCACUUCGACCGCCUACUUUGCUAUCUUGUCUGGGCUGUAUAGCUUCGGCCUGUUUCUCCCCACCAUCAUCAACGACAUGAAAAUCACCUCCAACGCCAACGAAACCCAACUCUGGUCCGUCAUCCCCUAUGCGGUGGCAACACCCAUAACCGUCCUGAUAGCGUUCGCCUCGGACCGGCUCAACCUGCGCGGGGUGAUGAUGCUGGGCACGCUGCCCGUGGCGAUCGCGGGCUACGCCGUGAUCGCCAACGUGUCGUCGGCCGCCGCCCGCUUCGCCAUGACCUGCCUCAUGGCCAUCGGCAUGUACGCCAGCGUUCCCUGCGUGCUGGUGUGGAACGCCAACAACUCGGCGGGCCACUACAAGCGCGCCACGACGUCGGCGCUGCAGCUGGCUGUGGCGAACUGUGGCGGGUUCGUUGCGACGUUUGUGUAUCCCAGCACCGAAGCGCCGCUGUAUCAUAAGGGACACACUGUUUGUCUUGGCCUGUUGGUUUAUGCCUGGUUUGCGAUACUGGCCAACGUUUUGUGGUGUGCCAAGGUCAACAGGGACAAAAAGGAUGGGAAGUAUGCGCAGUAUGAAGGGAGCGAAGAUGACAGAGACCCGAGGUUCAAGAUGGUACUGUAAAGCUGAGGGUUUCACGGAGGUAAGUCAAGGGAAGGGAGGGCUGAAGCAUAGCGGAAGAACUCCAAGGGAUGAUGACAAUGAAACGAUGGCUAUGUCUUUCAGACCGUAAUGAGAACCAAGGAG